AUGUCUAACCCGUCCACACCCACACGGCGGUCCGGACGUCUUGCCGGGACCCCGACAGUGUCCAGCACCCCUACGACUCUCGUUGCCAAAGACGAAGGCACUUAUACAUGGGGGCCGCUCGCCGACGACGUGGACCAGGUACCAGGUUCGAAUCAGACGUACUACAAGUCUUAUGUGCGAAGAGGAUUCGCCAAGCCAACAGCGAAAGGGAAGAAGAAGGCUGCGAGCGAGACUCGAGGCGAGGAAACUUUCCAAAAGUUCAGCCUCGGAGACGGAGUGCUAGUCGCCGUUUUGGGGAACGACGUGGGCGUGGGGAUUCUCACCAAGAUGUGGGAUGAGCCAGUUUCAAAAGAUGAUCAGGGUACCGAAGACGAUUCGGAAGAGCCGGACCAUCGAUCAGGGGCAGACGAUCGAAUCAAGCUCUGCGAGGUCAGAUGGUUCUACCGAAAACAAGAUCUACCUACUACCAUGAACGUCUUGAAAGUUGCCGAUCGAGAAUUGCUCUAUGCUUUUACGUGCUCAAACCGACCGGUAACUUCCACCCUGCCCAUCGUCAACCUAAUCAACGUUUGCUCCAUCAUUUCCUCGGACCGCUUCAAGGAGCUCUACCCGAAGUUUCACCCCAGCUGGAACGCUCUAGCUGUACCGCUAGUAUACUUUUGUCAGAAUGCUUUCGACAAGUUCGCAAAAGGUGGACAGGGCAAAAGUUGGUUCAAGAUCGACUGGGACAAAUUGGCCGAACGAGGGAUGAAGGCUGGAGAUUGGGAACUUCGGGACGACGUCAAGGAGGAGAAGCUGGAUCCAGCGGAGUCAUCGAGCGAUGAGAGCGAUGGUUCUCAACUCGAGGAUAUCGAAUCUCAGUCCUCCGAAGACGUCUCAGGAUCGGAUGACGGCGAACCAAACGGCAAAGGCAGGAGCAAACGAAAACGUGGGGAACGCAUACUGGGAGGCAAGCGCAAACGUAAAAAUGCCGCCACGACACCAUCAAAACGUCGAAAGACGACCAAGAGUAGCCGAAAGAAGGUCAAGGAGACAUAUGAGGCAAUCACCACCCAAUUGGAUCCUCAUCUGUUGCCCAAGGACCCCUACGAGCGUGCCCUACAUCUGUUGCACGUCGGGGCUACACCAGAUACGCUGCCUUGCCGGGAAAGCGAGUUUGUAGAUGUUCUGAUGAGGGUCGAAGAGGGAGUGGAAGGCGGUGGUGGCGGCUGUCUCUAUAUUGCUGGAGUGCCGGGUACAGGCAAAACGGCGACGGUUCAUGCCGUGAUCAAACAAUUGAGAGCUCGCGCUGAGGAAGGGGAUAUAUUACCUUUCUCCUACGUCGAGAUUAACGGUCUCAAAGUCCCGACGCCUCAACAUGCCUAUACAGUAUUAUGGGAGGCGAUUUCCGGUCAAAAGGCCUCCAACUCGAAGGCCGCCCUGCGAGGGUUAGAAGAACACUUCAGUGAAAAGGGGCGGAUGUCUGGUGUUGGCGGACCUAGAGGUCACACAUUCGUUGUUCUAAUGGACGAGCUCGACCAACUGUUGACGGCAAAACAGGAUGUGGUUUACAAUUUUUUCAACUGGCCAACUCUUCGCGACUCUCAACUUUUCGUUAUAGCCAUCGCAAAUCGUAUGGAUUUGCCGCAGCACUUGGCCGCCAAGGUGAAGAGCAGAUUAGGCCUACAAAGCUUGCUAUUCCAGCCAUAUGAUAAACCCUCACUGGUGGAGAUUGUGCAGUCCCGAUUGAUCGCACAUCCAGAGAACGACCAGGACCACAACGUAUUGCAGAAAGAGGCUAUCGAACUAGCCGCAGCUAAGAUGGCUGGUACGAAUGGAGACGCUCGACGAGUCUUGGAUGCGUGCCGACGAGCUGUAGAGGUAGCCAUCGAAGCCGCAAAGACCAACGGAGUCGACUGCAAACCCGUUACUAUUAGGGACAUGUCGGCGGUCUUGAAAGCGAUGACAAGCAGCCCGGUAGCAUUGUUCAUCAAGCACUGCAGUCUUCAUCAAAAAAUGAUGCUAGCCGCGAUGUUGAGAUGCAUCCGGCGGGAAGGGGUGUCAGAGAUCGCAUGGAGAUCAGUGCGGUCGGAUCACGACAACCUCUUGCGAGCUAUCAGCGAUUCGAAUGACAUCUUGUCGCACUCGGAACUCUACCUCGUAUUCAACUCCCUGCUGGCAUCACACGCUUUGACGUGCUCGAAUGAAAAAUAUAAGAACAUGGAAGACCGUAAAGUCGCCCUCGGCUUAGACGGCAAUGAGGUUGGUCGAGUAUUGAUGGCAGAAGGAGACCGCUGGAGUCAGGCUCUCGCCGGGAUGUAA